AUGGCUUCAUCCAAGGAACCACUAGCCAGAGCUCAGAAGAUACCAAGAGGAUCUAAUAGGCUGAAAAGAAGUGAAUGUAUAGCAGCUAUUGACUUUGGAACCUCAUCAGUAUCUAUAGCAUACACCACUCCAACUGAUGGGCAGAUCAAACUUGUACCACUUCACAGCACUUAUGAAAGAGUCCCUAAUGCUAUACUUAUUAAAAAGAAUGAAGGGGAGCAGAAUGAAACUACUGGAAUUGGAUAUGGAGCACAAAGUUUAUACAGUGGUAGGAGGAAAGAUGCUGAAAAGUUCAUAUAUUUUGAACGAAUAAAGAAUUUACUUGAGAGAGAUAAAUCAUUAGACCGUACUACUAAAGUCUCUUCAUUCACUGGAGGGUCUUAUUAUCUUAUUGAAGUUAUAGCUUUUAUACUCACACACCUCAAGGAGAAGCUAUUGACUGAUGAGCUAAAGGAAGUUUACAAGUCAACUGAUUUUGAUUGGGUCAUUACUGUUCCUGCUAUAUGGAAAGCAAGAGCAAGAAGAAUGAUGAGAGAAGCUGCUUAUAUGGCUGGUCUCACUUCUGAUGCUCCUGGUAUAACAAGGUUCACUCCAGUUGGUUCUCCUUUACCACGUCCAGAGGAGGUUAAUCCUGAGAAGCUAUCAUUAGCUCUAGAACCAGAAGUAGCUGCUAUAUAUGCACAGCAUCAGUCAGAAGUAUCAGGAACACCUCCACAGAGAUAUAUGGUAGUUGAUAUAGGAGGAGGUACAGUUGAUAUUACUGUACAUGAUAAGAGUAAUGGGAGAAUUAGUGUAGUACUACCACCAAUGGGCAACACCUGGGGAGGAACAACUGUGAAUGAAGCAUUAUCAGAAUUACUACAAGAAGCAGUAGAUGAUAAAGGUUUUGAGUCUUUUAUCAAAUCUGGUGUUAGUAACAAAGCUGUUAUCAAUAAGCUGGUCUUUGAAGACUUUGAGGAACAGAAAAAAGUAUUUGGAGAUGCAACACCAGGCAUUGACGAAAUGGUACUCAAAUUACCGAGAGCUUUCAUAAAUCAUUAUGAAAGUAAUGAAAUACUUAAAGUCAUGAUGCACAACAUGCGUUACGAUCCAAGAAAGGGUUCAUUAAGCAUAGGAUAUGAUCUAAUAGAAAAAAAGGUAUUCCAAUUCACAAUAGACAGGAUCAUAGAGUGCGUGAGAGCAGCAUUUGACAAGUUACCUAGUAAAAUCAAUACGGUUUAUCUAGUAGGAGGGUUUGGAGGGUGUAGGUUUGUUAGGCAAAAGAUAGAAGAAGCUAUCGCUCAGCAUUGUGGUAUUCUUUAUGAUAAUAUAGUGUGUCCUCAAUAUCCAGGUCUUGCUGUUGUAUCAGGAGCAGUAAUAUGGAGGAAAGAUCCUAACAUAAUCCAAUCACGUGUUGCUGAUGCUACCUAUGGGAUAGCAGGUGGGCCUGCAUUUGACCCAUCAAUACAUGAUGAACAUUACAGGUAUGUAGAUGAAGAUGGUGAGCAGCGUUGUAAGAGUGUACUAUGCGUAUAUGUACUCAAAGGAGAAGCAAUAAAGGAUGAGGUAUACCAAAUCAGAUUCAGACCUCUUUAUCAAAGUCAAAAACAACUAUCUUUCGCUUUAUAUUGUACAACAGAUGAUGGAGUUCAGUAUGUAAGAGAUAAAGAAGGUAAACCAACAGUACGGAAGAUUGGUGAGCUAAUACUUGAUCUUCCUAAUCCUGAUAAUGUACCAAGGAAGGAGAGACACAUUGAUGUAUAUAUGGAUUUCAGUGGCACAGAGAUACAAGCAAGAGCUCAGUAUACUAUCACAGGAGAAGAAGUGAAAACAGUUUGUGACUUUCUAUCAAACCAAGACUAGUAACAAUAAUGAAAACGAAAGAAUAAUACAUGUAAUGUAAUACUAACUAACAAUGACUAAAGUUUUAAUUACAAUAAAUGGAGUAACUUUCU